AUGACUUCAACAUUGACGCCUACGGCCAAGGCAAAAGCUACAUCACCUUCAACUUCGACAUCGACAGCGCAAGCAGCCGCGGCCACUUCAACAGGGGCGAGCCAAGAGAACAAUUCGUCUUCUCUCGGGGCCGAGAAGAUAUCCAUCAUUGGAGGGGCGGUUGGCGGUGUUCUCGCGCUUUGUCUCCUGAUAGGGAUAAUAUUCCUCUGCGUACGAAGCCGUUCGAAAAAAUCUCCCAAGCCCGGGCCAUAUAGGGAGAUUUCUCCACCCAUCUUGAAUAACCAGGCCGGCCGUGUAGACUUUAUUCGAAAGGUGGAAGAAAACACUCCUCCGCCACCAAAGGGACGUUCCUUCAUGGACCGCUGCUCUCGGUUUUUAGGACUACCGGAGCGGCAGAUGCAAAACACACACUCGGCCAUACCUAAUCGAUUUAACUCGCCUAACCCAUCUCUCCAGUCAUCGCGCCUGUCACGAUCAUCCCUGACAUCCGAGGACGAUCGCAACGCACGCACGGUACAUGUCGGCGCGCGUCUGCCACCCAUUCGGCAAAUGAGAGGCACACACACACAGUCGCGCAGAAUCUCGACGCUAGAGGCCUAUGAUGAGCCCAGCCGGGAGAGCAUCAAUGUGUUUGCCGACCCCGACAUGAUGAGCCACCGCAGCGACGGCCGCCAUAAUUACCGUGGCACAACGUUCAGCGACUUGAUGGACCAAGCGGACAUGAGCGGUGUUCAUCGCAACGGGGGGUACGUGCCUGGAAGCCAGAGGCUACGAGUUCCCGGAACGACACCAAAGUUAUGA